AUGUCUUUGGCAAUUUUCUUUCACAAUCUUAUCUUUGCAUUAUUACAAGGUAACUUGGCUGAUGGUAAAGUGAGUAGAGUUGUAAGAUACAACUACGCUAUUAGAAUUAAAGAUAAAUCCCAUGGUCCUUGUUUUGGUGAUAAAGAUCUUUGGAUGAAAAAUAAUUUCAACGGAUACGAGAAUUGUUCUUCCGAUAAAGAUGAUUACCAAGAGAAAAUCACUACUUUAAAUAAAUUCUGGGUGAUAGAAUAUGAAGUUUUUCAAGUUAUUAAAAAAUGA